AUGUCCGAGAUCACCCACCCCACCAUCAAGGAUGGCUGGUUCUCCGAGCAGUCGGACAUGUGGCCCGGUCAGGCCAUGAAUCUCAAGGUCAACCAGAUCCUGCACCACGAGAAGUCCAAGUACCAGGACGUCCUGGUCUUUGAGAGCACCGACUAUGGCACUGUUCUCGUGCUGGACAACGUUGUCCAGUGCACUGAGCGCGAUGAGUUCUCCUAUCAGGAGAUGAUCACUCAUCUGGCCAUGAACUCUCACCCCAACCCCAAAAAGGUCCUGGUCAUUGGUGGUGGAGACGGCGGUGUGCUCCGUGAGGUUGUCAAGCACGAAACCGUCGAGGAGGCCAUCCUCUGCGAUAUUGACGAGGCCGUCAUUCGUGUCUCUAAGAAGUAUCUCCCCGGUAUGAGCAUCGGCUUCCAGCACCCCAACGUCAAGGUCCACAUUGGCGAUGGUUUCGAGUUCCUCAAGAGCCGCCGGAACGAGUUCGACGUCAUCAUUACCGACAGCUCUGACCCCGAGGGUCCCGCCGAAAGCCUCUUCCAAAAGCCUUACUUCGAGCUCUUGCGCGAUGCUCUGAGCGAUGGGGGUGUUAUCACCACACAAGGUUGUUCCAACGUGAAGCUAACCAGUCUACGCCCCAAACCACCCGACUACAUCGGGAUCGGUUUGGGUUCGUGUUUUGCAUCGUCAGCCGAAAAUGUAUGGCUGCAUCUGUCUCUGAUCACUGACCUCCGCAAGGCCUGCAAGGAGGUCUUCCCUGUCGCCGAAUACGCUUACACCACUAUCCCCACCUACCCGUCUGGCCAGAUCGGCUUCAUGGUCUGCUGUAAGGACGCCAACCGCAACGUGCGUGAGCCGGUCCGCACCUGGACCCGCGAGGAGGAGGAGCGUCAUUGUCGCUACUACAACCAGGAUAUCCACCGGGCUAGCUUCGUGCUCCCCAACUUUGCCCGCAAGGCUUUGAACUAG